AUGCCUGAUGCUUUAGAUCAGUCGCCAGGAGAGGCGACGGAUUUGGUCAUUCAGCAGACUCCAAAGGCUGAGCAAGUAACAAGACGGAAUGCUGUACACAAUUCUAUUAAGGGUGGUGGACUACAGGGAAACAGCAAGAAGACUAAUCCAGUUAAGUUUAUGAGUACAGAAGAUAUUUUUCAACAGAGCUUAAAGGAUCAUGCUGUUGAUAUACAAUCUGAUUCGGCCAUAAGCGAUAAUAUUCAAGAAAUGUACAAUAGGAGGACCCCAGAUUUAAAUAAGAUAGCCAAUUUCUUUAAAAAUAAUAAAUCUCCAGGUAAACAAAAUUUGAUGACUAAAUUCCAAAAUGCUGAUAUUGAAGAUACACCUCCAAAUGAAAGAAUACAGGGAUUGCCUCAUAAGCUGGCAGAGUCAGAAAAUGAACCUGAUAACUCUCGCCAUUCUCAGGAGGAUGAGCCUGCAAUGGAGGACAAUGCAAGUAACACAUCUUUCCAAUAUGAUACAAUUUUGGAUAAUAACAACAUUGACGAAACGUUUGUAUCGAGAGAAUUGAAUGCUUCUGCCAGGGCGGAUAUCAUGCGGUCGAAUGCGUCAUCUUCAGAGAAAAUCGGUCAAAAAGCUUCAGAAUAUUCAUAUAAAGGUCAUAGCAAUGGCUUAUUUCAAGAGAGCCCCGAGGUCUUGCUAUCAACUACAUCAGUAGUGAGAACAGGUAACCUAGAUGCUAAAAAUCUAGGUAAUUAUAGGGACGUUCCAGGCGGGGAAUCUAAGAAGGAGGAUAUUGAUAGUAGUUUCGAAGAAAAUAAGGAGCUUAGUACCGAGAUGAACAAAGAAACAAAUUUCCGAAAGGUCAGUGUUCAUAGAUCUAUUAACGACCCACCAAACUUUUUAGGUGCAAGAGAUUAUGAAGGGGAUUUAUCUCAUGGAAGCAAUGAGACACCUUUUGAUUACUCAUUUGUCAAUAAUACUACGGAUGGAAGUAUAACUACCAAGUGGAUUUUUCGGCCUGAAGAUGAUUUGACAGGAAUAGGAAGUAAUAAAUCUACCCAGGUAAUAAAUUCGUCCAAGACACAAGAAAUACAACAUUCUUCAAACGACAUGGACUCAACCCAACCAAUUCUUAGCAUACCCGCACAUGAAUCUUUAGAAGAGAGAGUAAAAACUGAACAAGUUACUCAAUCUGUCAAUUUAAUGAACACACAACCACUUUUGAAUCAAAGUAUGAAUAAGGAAAUUUUGAACUCUCAAAUAAUAACGUCUCCUGAAUAUCGACAAGUCAAAAACGAUCCGAAGUUGUUCUUAACUGAAAAGCCUUUAAAUAGUACCGCAAUUGUAGAUGAAAAAGAAACCUCCCCGGCUUCACAAACUCUGCCUGACAUCUUAUUCAAUAAGGACACAUCUUCUCCAACCCCUGCAGGUCGAACCUAUGAUUCUGGCAAUCGUGUUUAUCUGCAAGUUUCUGGUAAACCUAAAUUGCAUCCGAUAAGUGAUUCUUCCAACGAAAUGACCGAUGAAAAUGAUUCAGCAAUAGCGAGCGACAUUGAUGCAACACAGGAGCUGCCAGAUGUAGAUAUGGAGGCCGACGACUCACAAAAGAUUGUAAUUAAUAAACGGCUCACGAAAAGAACUUUUGGUACUCUUCAACUUAGUGAUAACGAAGAAGAGGGAACAAACAAUAUUGUAAAAAAGGAGCCAGAAAAUGGUGCAGACCAGCCAAAGUUUCCCAAUGAAAUAAGAUAUACAGAUGAAGAUUACAUCUCCAAAAAUGAAAUUAUUUUUGAAGACGCGAUAUGGUGUCAAUACAAUCUGGAUUUAAAGUACUAUCCUGCAUUACUAUUAUCUAUUUUAGAAAAAGAUCGAAGUACGUGCCGUGUCUUAUUUGAAACAGGCGAGUCAAAUUCAAAAGUCGAUGAUAUAUACAAUUUGGAUAUUAAAGUCGGCGAUGUUGUUAGCCUCAGUGGAUACGAUUAUGAAGUUAUUGCACUUGAAUGUCAAACGCACGAACCUUUCAUUAUAAGGUGUAUAAGAGGAUAUGAUACAGUGCAUUUAAGAAAGAAAAAUGCCAAUGGUACAUUGCAAAAGAAAGUUUUCAUAAAACCAUUAUCUAGUAUUUGUUUGGAACCAUCAGAAUGGAUAAAACGUUCUCACAUUAUUUUAGAUGAAGAGAAUCAAUUCAAUAAGAAAAGAGCAAACGAAUACUUGAGACAACCAAUUAGAGGAAGAAAAACCACUUAUCAAUCUCCACAAAAGAAGCUUUAUGAAGAGAAUGAAAAUGGUUUGACCAACACGCACUACGCUAGGAAUACCAUAGAUGACCAAGCGCUUAAGAAGGAGGGGGAGGACGAAGCUGCAGAUCUUGCUUUGUCACAUAUGCAAGAAAGAACAAAAACGCCUUCAAAAUUAUUGGCAGAACCUUCUGGCUCUAUAACGCUGAAAAACAGUAGUUCUCCCAAACCCAUUAUCCCUACUACCGAGAAACGUGAAGUCUUUGCUAAAUGCCUGUUUGUUUUAACUACUGUGUCAGAAAAUAAAAAUAAAUUAAGUGAGAUGAUAAAAUCUCUUGGUGGCGAUGUGAUAGAGGAAGACCUGAGUAGUCUUUUUGAGACAAACUGCGAGCUUAUACAUCAUUUUCAGAAGUUGAAUAUCUACUCACUGAAAUUGGCCUUCAUGGGUGAUAAAGACUAUUCAACUUAUAACUUUGCCUGCGUCAUCAGCAAAAAGUACUCUAGGAGCGUUAAGUAUAUAGAGGCAUUAGCCUUGGGUUGGCCAACAUUACAUUGGAAAUUCAUCGAGGAUUGCUACACUAAAAAUAAAUUUCUUUCUGAUUCAAUUUACCAGUAUCUUUUACCUUCAGGUGAAAGCAUUAGACUUGGUUCGGAUGGAAAAAAGAAAACUGCGGUACUAAAGUCAAAUAAUAUCUUCAACUUUUAUAGAAACUUAUUAAAUGGGUACAAGUUGAGCUCACAGUUGAAUUGUGUAACAACAUCUCUAGUUGGGUAUUUUGUUGUUUUGUGUGGUUCGUCAUCUUUAGAUAAUUUUUUGAAGUUUUGUUUCGCAUCUUUAGGAGUGGGAAAGAUUUGUCAAAUAUCGAACUUAGACGAGCUUAUAAAAGACUCAAAUGUUAUAGAAAAACUACUCAGACUUUGUGAACAGACUCAGAAUAAGCUAUUAAUCUAUUUAAAUUAUGAGGAGUCAAAUAAUCUUAGACGCUGCAGGGAAGUAAAGGAGGAAUUAUUAUCAUCAUUUCCACCAACUAGAGUUUCUUUCGAAGUUGAAUCGAAAGAAUGGUUAAUACAAUCCAUCAUCAGUGAGUCUUCUGGUUUUGACUAG